GAUACGAUGUUGUCCAGGGCACGUGAAUAAAGUAAUACGGUGAGUAGGGAUCAAUACGCUGCGUAUUGACAUGCCAGAUGAAAGUCUAUUUAUCCCUCCAUUCAUAUCUGUUACCCAUCACCCGACAUAUACUUUGCUUUCCUUUUCAUCUUCUUCUUCAGUAAAUUGUUAGUUUUUGGUUCAACCUUGUUAAAAUGUCAUCAUUUUGGAAGGAUAAUUAUUUCGGUAAUCGUUAUUCUAACGACACAUGGGGAUCAAAUGCUGCCAAUGAGGAGGAGGAGGUUGUGUCUGGAGUCCCUGUUAAUCAAGAAACACAGUUGCCAGACUUGAACAAGACUCCCACUCCACCUGUUGAUGAACCAAAUUACCCGGCGCAUCAAGUGUGUCCAGAUUACGGAUACGGGUAUGAAUCUCCGUACGUGCAACAAAGUGGAUACGGUGUUGAGAAUGCACCUGUUGAUGAACCAUAUUACCCGUCGCAGCAAUCGUAUCCGGGUUAUGGGGUAUACGGGGAUGAAGGUGGAUACGGAAGUUACAGUGGAUACGGUGGUGAUGGUGGAUACGGGGGUGAAGGUGGUUAUAGUGGAUAUGGGGGCUACGGUGGAUACGAUAGAUAUGGGGGUGACGGUGGUUACAGUGGAUACGGGGGUGAAGGUGGUUACAGUGUAUACGAUAGAUCUAGGGAUGAAGUUGGAUACGGUGGAUACGAAGAACAUGGUGGAUAUGGUUAUGAGUCCCGUAACACAUCACUUUAUGAACCAUCUACCCCGGGCAAUCCAUUUCAAGUAAAUGAGCGUUUCAUGUCUCUAACUGAUUUGAAGAAUUGGGUACAAGAAACGGGAAAGGAUAAUGGUUACGUAAUUGUUACCCGCCGAUCAAAAAAUAUUGGCGGUACUACUGGGAUGGUAUGGCUUGUGUGCGACCGUAGUGGUGAACACCGUAGUAAAGCAACAGUUAGGAAAGCUGGUAGCAAAAAAAUCGGCUGCCCAUUUUCAUUACUCGCCAUCCGGGACGUGAUGAACGACACGUGGGAGUUAAAAGUGGACUGUGCGAACCAUAACCACGAACCUACGACGAGUCUGUUGGGCCACGCUUUUGUGCGAAGAUUUACUAAAGCCGAAUACAAGCUAGUGGAGCAGCUAACUGCUCAAAACAUGGAGCCACGUAUCAUAUUUCAAACCCUAAGAAAGCAGUUCCCCGACAGCCUGCACGUUCAGAAAGACGUGCAAAAUGCGGUACAAAAAAUUAGAGCGACAAUAAUGGACGGAAAGAAUCCUAUUCAGGCACUGGAAAGCCUGCUGCAUGACCGCCGAUUCAUUUACGACACCCGACAAGAUCCCAAAACAGAUGUCGUAACAGAGAUUUUCUUUGUUCAUCCUUAUUCAAUCACUAUGUGGCGUGCAUUCCCGCACGUGAUGUUGAUCGACGCGACCUACAAAACAAACCUCUACAACAUGCCAUUUGUCCAGGUUGUGGGUAUGACGUCGACUGGGAAGUCUUUUUGUAUCGCACAUGCCGUUAUUUGUAAAGAACGAAGGGGUAACUACGUGUGGGUGCUUGAGCGGAUCAAGUCAAUAUUGCAUGAAUGUAUGAUGCCGCGUGUGAUAGUCACGGAUAGGGAGCUUGCCCUAAUAAACGCGUGUUCUAAAGUAUUCCCGAACGCAAAAAGGCUUCUAUGCCACUUUCACAUCCAACAAAAUAUAGCUAGAAAGUGCAAGUCAGGGUUCGAUAAAGAAGAUUGGGGGAAAUUUAUGUCGUACUGGCGGACAUUGUGCGAAUCUUCAUCAGAGGCCAUGUACAAGUACAACUUGGAGAAAAUGUAUAACCGACUCGUGGUUGCCAACCGAGAAAGUGUCUAUGAUUACGUCUACGAAAACUGGCUCAAAGACUAUAAAGAAAUGUUCGUUUAUGCGUGGACCGAUAAGUGUCGCAACUUUGGUCAGCGCACCACCAACAGAGUUGAGAGCCAGCACGCAAAUUUAAAAAGAUACAUUACGCGCGGGAGUUCAUUGGAGCGAAUAGCAAGAUGCAUCAUUGAUAUAGUUGAAACUCAGUACGAUGAAAUACAAAAAAGUUUCACUGAGAGCAUCGAAAAAACGAUGAACCACCACAGACACCGAAUGUUGGACAACCUACGUGGAAAGGUUUCCCAUGAAGCACUUGAUUUGCUGGAAAAAGAGCUACUGAGGAAGAUGGAUGUGUUGCGGAAACUUAACGCAUCAUGUGGUUGCCAUAUGUGGCUUAGCAAAGGCUUGCCGUGUGCUUGUAGGCUGGAAAACUACACACGUACAGGGCGUAUAAUACAACUCGACGAGAUAGAUGUAUUCUGGCGUAAGCUUGACUUGCUCCCUUGUAAACUGGUAGACGAGGAGGUCGAUAUUGUAGCAGAGCUCAAUAAUGUGCGGCAACAUUUAGAGGCGCAGUCCCCCGUUCAGCAAAAGAGUAUGCUUUCAAAGAUAAAAGCGGUUUUCACCCCGAAAUCGUCAACCAAGAAACCACCGAUCGUCCAGCAAAACACUCGCGGUCGGCCUACAUCAAAGAAAGUACAAGAAAGGCUAGAUGAAGCUGCGAGGUUAGACCAAGCUGCGAGAUACAGCUCCUGUGGCGAGGACAGCAACGUAAUUACCGCUUCCCCCAAGCAUAGGUACGAUUUACCCCGACACAGCUCAUACGUACCGUCAGAGGGCUCUCGUGGAACUGGUUCGUUUGUGAAGUCUGAAAAACCUAAAAUGCAACCAAACAGUUCAACAAGUUCUAAAAAGAAGGAGACGAGGGAUGAUAAGGUUUUUCCAUUAAUAAAGGGGGACGAGCACUUGUUAUGCAUUAAGAGGUUUAAGAAUCAAAUUCCAUCAGAGUUUCGCUCUUACAUAUCGCGUAUACAAGAUGUGACCCCAGACGGUCAUUGUGGGUACAGGUCUGUGGCUGUCGGGUUAGGUUUUACGGAACACGCAUGGCCCAAUAUUCGAAGAGAUUUACUACUGGAGAUUGACCAUAACAAACCGCGUUGGAAGCAUGUAUUCGAAACAUAUAACGAAGGAGACUUUAAACGAAUACGUAAGAGCAUCGAAUGGCAUUCAGUGAAAGGGUGCGAUCAAAGUCACUGGAUGGAAAUGCCCCAGGUAGGGCUUCUCAUAGCGCAAAGGUAUAAUAUUGUCCUCCACGUGCUAAGCAUUGAAUGGAGCUCUACCAUCUUCCCAUUAACGGAUGCCCCACUAGAUCCACGACCUCAAGCGAUAACGCUUAUACAUGUUCACGGGGGACACUUCAUACAUGCUAAGUUGGAAGGAGACUACCCCAUGCCUUUAGUGAACCCGAUGUGGUCGGCACAUCGAUCAAUAGCUGCGAAACGGUGGGAAGAAAUGUAUACACCGCGGUUAGAGCACUACUACGAGUUAAUGCAUCCUAAAUCAGACCGAGACAAAGACAGAGAACCGAGUUUAAAUGUUAUCGAAGAUUAAGCGGAAACUUGUAUUUUUGUAAAUUGUAGAAAUUUUUUAAUUUAUAAAGUUUUUAUCAUUUUUAA